CCGAGAGAAACCAGUCGGACGUCCAGCGCCUCCGGUUCAGACGCUCUCUGCAGGAAUGCGUGGCAAAACACGGCGUUUAUUUGGAUUUUCAGAGAGGAUAACUCUCUUUUAAUAAGUGCAUUGACAUUUCUAGCAUGAUAGCUCCCCCCUGGAGCCUAUAAAGGCGUUAGAAAUGUCUCAGCAGCAGCGGCUUGUCCAGCUCUCCGCCGCUUCGCUCGCCGUAGUCUUCGGCCCGGACGAGGAGAGUUUGCGCGCCGGCGGAGGGAAACUCAAUGCCAAUACUACGAGUGGCCAGGAGAUUUUUUCGGACUUCAAGGCACAAAAUUUGCGCAGUUCCUGGAAUAAGAGACUCGUUAAGGCUAUAGCUGAAGUGUACUUUCAGGGAUGGAUGGAAAAUUUGGUGCUUUUCAUUCAAGGGAACGCAAACAACUUGGAGGUGCUGAGAGAAGCGUGGAUGCGCAGGGCUCUGAGAUCACCAAAGGGAUUUAUCAUCAAAGCAGUCGGUGACCUGUCCCCGGUGCAGAUGUCCCCUGUCCCCCAGUCUCAGUUCAUUCCCUUGGCUGAGGUGUUGUGCUCAGUCAUCUCCGAUAUGAAUUCCUCUCAAAUCAUCGUCAACCAGGAAGCACUUAUCAAUUACAUGAGCAAAGCCCACCCAGGGAUAACGAUCCCGACUCAGGACAUCCUCUAUAAUGCUCUAGGAACUCUGAUCAAGGAACGCAAAAUUUACCAUACUGGCGAGGGCUACUUCAUCGUCACGCCUCAGACCUAUUUCAUCACCAACACCAUGGUCCGAGAGAAGAACUGGUGGACUUCUGGUUCAGCGGACGAUCCUCCCUCACCUCCUCCCAUUACUUACCUACUGAGCAACGAUGCCUGUAAUGAGAACACUCAAACGUUGCCAGUGGCGCACUGCAAGUCUUGCAGCUGCUUCAGCCCUCUUCAAACAUCCACUAAUAUCGCCUCCACUACUGUAACAGCCACCGUCCCUCCCUCCACUGUCCCAGACCAGCAUUCUGUCUCUUUUUCAAUAAGUGAAUGUACAGGCAAGAGCUUAAAGUGGCCCCGACCGUUAGAUCACAAACCUACAGUUCAGCAUCAGUCCACCUCAACAGCGGCAGAUUGUCAGGCAAGUGAGAUCAGCAAAACUACCGCCACUAGUAACGCUACUGGCCGCAAAGAAAAAGACAACAAGCCAGGGAGGAAGUUUGGUCUCAGUUUGUUUCGGAGGAAUGGAGGUAAAAAAGAGAAGCCAAAGAAGGAGUAUGCAUCAUUUUCAGCCCAGUUUCCUCCAGAGGAGUGGCCAGUAAGAGACGAGGAGGACCUGAACAACUUACCCCGUGACCUGGAGCAUGCCAUCAUCAAACGCAUCAACCCUGAACUGACUGUGGACAACUUGACACGCCACACGGUCCUAAUGAAGAAGCUGGAGGAGAGAAGGGAGAGGGGGAUAGACAGAGUGUUGGACAAGUGUCUGGAUAAAGACGAUAAGGGAGUAGACAAAGGAAUGUCUACUGAGAUCCUAGCAUUCUCAAAACCCAGGCAUCAUCACUCCUCUAAGGCAGGGAAAAGGUCUGCUCAGAAGGCCUCUCGCAGCAAGAGGAGGACCCAGUCCUCAAGAGAGAAGCAGAAGGAACGAGAGAAGGACAGAGUUAAGAGUAAGGCUCCCAUAUGUGCGGAUGAUUAUCCAGUGGGGGAGGAUUUGAUCCCUGCUCGGCUCAAAGUGGAAAUCCCUGUUAAUGAACCAGAUCAUGUGGAAGAAGGUGGAGCUGUGGAGGGGAAAUCUCUUUAUAAGAAGCGAAUCGAAAACCCUUUCCAGACUCAUCCAAUCAAAGAAGCUGAGCUCAUUAUUCCUGCCAUAAUCAACAAAGAGCAUAGAAGACGAGAGGUGAAAGAGGGCAAGGUUUCGGCCUCAGGGAAGAAGGAUCGAACGAGUCACCGCUCCAAAUCGUGGGACCCGCAUCGGGUCAAAGUGAUCUCAGCAGAUGGAGAGCAUGCAGGGAAAUCCCCUACAUCUGAGGACAGGUAUGACUGUGUACAUGAGAGGGAUCUUGCUGCUGAUCAUUUGCUCCAAGCAGACAUGAAACUCAAUCUAGAGCUCCCACUGGAAUACAGCUCCGCCUACCCACAGAGCAGUACGCUCCGGAUAGACGACAAGGUCGGACAUCAGAGGGAGGGAAACAGUAAGGAGAGCUGUGAGAGAGAAGGCAAAAAUGGACAUUUUCAGGAGGCAGAAUACAACUGUGUACCAGACAACAGCCAAGCUAUAGAUGACAAACUCUCUAACAUCCAUCAAUACUCCAAUACUAAUGCCAUUAUCCCUACCCAUCCGUAUGAGCCUGUCGUAAACCACUCAUACGACCCAACUAUACCCUGGCCCAAGCCCUCUUUACAGCGGAAACACUCUCUCAGACUGUCCAACCCACAAAGGGAUGAUAUUCAGAGGCCAGAGCUCUCUUCACACCAGCAGGCCUGUGAAACUACAGACACCAUGGAACAACGGGAGAUAAGACCCAUCACUAUCAGUAAUAGAGAGCAAAGGACCAUGGGAGAAAGGCCAGAACUGAUAGCUGACAGCACAAUAACAGACACUGGUGGCUUUAUAGAAGACGACUACAGGCUGUAUCAGAGAGCGGAGGAGCAGGAGGAUGAGGAUGCCUGCAGUUCCUUGUGUCUGAACGAGGAGGACAUUAUUGAUGCUGCAAAUGAGUACCGAACAGGUGUAGCAGUCUACCAUGACCACCAGUUGGCUUACAAUACCAUGAAUCUGAUUUGCAAUACCAAGGACCCCACCGUCACUAUUAUAAUUCCAACUUUCACCAACUGCAAAACGCCUCAAUACAAGAUUCAAGGGACAGCACUUGCAAAGAUCUCAUUCCCCCAGCGACCCAGAGGGAAGCUUCCCUCAGACCCACCAGAUCUGCAGAGACCAGCUGGAGAGUCCAUCAUCGCCAUCAGAAGACUCGAUCAGCAGGGGCCCAAAGUGCGACCAGCCCCUAGACAAGGCACAUUGAUCCAGGGGGAGAGACGACAAGAGAUUAACCUUGAUUUGGAUUGUCCAGAAUCGUCUGAAGUUGCAGACAGCAGCAUCUUUGACUACUGCCAGACCAGUGAGAUAGAAUCAGACACCGAGACUGUCCGUAAGUCAAGUGAUGAGGGCGACGGUGAAUCUGCUCACUGGGCAGCUGAGGUGGAGGAAGUGCAGGAGGACAAGUUCGAUGAGACGGAUGUUCCUCAGACCCGCAGAGCUGUUCUGAGCAUGCCCAGUGGAGCCAGAGGGGGAGAGAUUAGGGAAGUGGUGGAAAUGGGAGAGAACCGGAGCAUCACAGGAGACAGUGGUAUAGAUUCUCCUCGGACCCGUGUCAGUCUGGCCUCCAGCAACACUGUCAUUCUGGAGGGUCUCAAGAGAAGAGGCUUUUUACAAAACUUGGAGAAACUGCAUUCAAAGAGCAGCGCCAUUCGACCUCAGAGCUCACUGCUACAGCUGACUCCUGUCAUGAACGUAUAGCAGGCCUGAGUCACCUGCCGAAGCUUUUCGUGGGAGCUGACAGAUCACUUCAUGUAGCUCAGUAUGAAAAGACCAAAAUCAACCUUAACUCUCCAGUUCUAUGCAACUGCUAAGUCAGAAACAUAUCCAAAAGGAAGGUUUGCACCUUGUUGCCUGCCUCCACAUAUUGAUACCUAAUAAACAGGAUCUGUGUACAGAUGUACAGUAAGUGUAAUAAUUUCUUUUUGUAAAUAUUUGAAAAGUAAUAUGCUAUGAAUUAUCCAUUCAUGAACUACCUUGUGUAUGGGCUGUUAAAUGCAUGAUGUAUUGACAACAUUUGCUUGCGAUAUAUAUGUACAGUUUUGCCUCAUGAGUUUAAAUGUUUAUAGCAGCAAUAACAUCUCCCAGCAUUUCCUUUUUUCUCUCGUCAUGUAGCAAUAACUACAAAUAAAAUUGUAUAUGUCAA